GUAUUCUGGCAAUACCGUUCUCCACAUCAGUUUCCCGCCGCUGAAUCAACAGCGCACACGCAUGCGGGCACGCACGGCUACAUCGAAAAAGUACAUGCGUGGAACGCUCCGCCAACCGCGCUUUUACCGUUCCAAACUACAUAUGUGUUCAAUAAUCCCCAUUGUGUAUUCAACAAAGCUGGUUUAAACGCUAUCACUCUGGCCCCCAUAAACAAAAAACCAGCUGCCGGUUCCUCGGCCAAACUUGGGACCGGCAGUAUAGGGAAAUCUACUUCUGCAAUAAGCAAAACUUCAAGCAUGGGCAGUGGAGGCAAAAGUAGCAACAUGAUGGGCUCCAGCGGCAAGAGUGGAAUGGGAACCACCGGAAAAAGUAAUGUUUUUAUGUCUUCAAGUCCGAAAAAAGAAACUCCAGUCAUAACUAGCAGCAAAAGUAUGAAUGUCUUUGCAUCAAACGCAAAACCCAGUAACAUGGACACUGCAAAAGCUGGCAGUAUGUAUGGAACAACUGGCAAAAAUGCCAACCUCUUUGGAUCCAGUGGAAAAAAUUCAAGCCCCUACGGAGGUGACAAAAUUACUAAAGCAACAGGCUCAAGUGAAAAAAGUAGCAAUUCAUUGCUAACUAGUGCAAAAAAGACAAAUAUGUUAGGAUCAGAUGAUAAAAACAAUAAACCCAAGAAUUUUAGCGGGACUUCCGUCAGCCCAAGCCGAGAUUAUCCUUCUUUUAUUAACCCGAAAGACAAUAAAUCAAAAACUACUUUUGGAAUCAUAUGGAUACCAACCAGGAAAAAUAAGAAAAAGGAUUUAGUUUUUAACUCACAUAAAUAUGAACGCUACAAAGAAAAGUCACCAUCGAUGUAUUCUUACAUGUCUGGUGAUUCUCCUGCUUACCAACCACAAAAGAAGAAAGAAGAAGAAACAGAUUUAUUGGUACCUGAGCGCCCUAAAGUGACAACAGUGGCAGUAAACACAGGAAUAACUGCAGCCAGUAUUGAUAUUGCAUCAGAUGGCUCCGGGCCUGUACAACCUGAAGAAAAGCAAGAAUUUAUCAAACACAACCCAGAAGAAACAAAGGAAGCUGCUGGUGACACAAAUGAUAGAUCAAGCAAGGAGGACUGCGAGUACUUGGAAAAUAAUGAAAACAUGGCAAAACCACCAGACAACAAAUGGGAUAAAGACAAACAAGUUGACAGGGUUGAUAGCGUAUACUUAAGAGCACCACCUCCACACAAGGUUCAUUCCACUGCAACCACAAACGAAGAAGAAGAUUGUGGUAUCAAAUGUCUUUAUUAUACUCUGCAAUGCUGCGACUGUGUAUUACAGUAAGAUGCCAUAGAAGGUUGACUGUGACAUGUAAAGUGUUUUCAAUAGUGUACAAAAAACAUAAAUAUUUUAAAGUUAAACAGCUUUACUGACUUAGCUAUUAUCCAAAUGUUGUUCUUGCUUUCAAACUUCCAAACAGUGGCGUAACUAUACCAUCUGAGGCCCAUGACAAAUUCUGUGCACGGGGCCCUUGGCAUAUCAAGGGUUAUUUUUCAAGGACCAUCGUGAGGGGGAUGGGUACGAUUAGGGCCUUGGGCCGGGGCUGCCUCAGGUCAGGAUCCUGUGGCAUUUUGCCAGCUCUGCCACCCUAUAGUUACAUCACUGCUCCCGCCCUUUAGGCAAGUUUGAAAGAGAACAAUAUUGUAGCAAUCAAACAAUCACUUUAAUACUUACUUUAUAUCACUAAUUCAGUUUUGUGAAGACAGUCAACCUCUCCUUAACCACUCAAGAGUUAUGAUUGAUAGAAGCUUAUUAUGUAGCUAUAAUUAACAAAUGUACCUAUUGCAAAGCCAUUGUAGCAAUCAAACAAUCACUUGAAUACUUACUUUAUAUCACUAAUUCAGUUUUGUGAAGACAGUCAACCUCUCCUUAACCACUCAACAUGUAUGAUUGAUAGAAGCGUAAUAUGUAGCUAUAAUUAACUAAUGUAUUGCAAAGCCAUGGCAGCUGCUUUUUAGUUUUAUUGAUAAAUUGCCAUUAUUUUCUAUCAUAUUUAAGGAUAAACUAUCAAUUUAAGAUAGUUACUUUAUGGUUUAUAAACGAAUUUAGCAUUAAUGUAGAUUUCUACUUGCAACAUUUACCUCUUGAUUGUUUUGUUAUUUUUAUAUCCACAGAAUUAAUGGCUAGUAAGGCAGGCAAAUGUAGUUGGUUAUACAAAAAGACAGUACAUUACUAUUGAAUCAACUGUGUAACUUUUGAUUGCACCAUUAAAAUUUUUGUGCGUAGUGGCAUUGAAAACCUUUUUGUAUAGACAUUCCACGUUUAUUACUUAUUUUCUUCAUGAGAUGAUUAUUUGGCACAAAAAUGAAACUAUUACCUCAAUAAAAUAGACAAGUUCUAAAAUGAAAUUAAUAUCGGAAAAAGAAGUUAUUUAUCUAAUUUCUAAUACAUUGUGUAUUCUUAGUAUUUGUGGAAUAUUUAUGAAAUAUUUGUCGAA